UCCUCUGUUUCCUGGGAGCGCUCAAGAGGACUACAGCGCUCUCUCAAGUCCCUCUGCAGUAGCCUAUGCUUCAUUGUCUCUCCAAGCCCAGAGGCAAAAUAUCUUGUUUUCAUAAGUUCCUGUAAGACUUUCAGGAGGUCAAACCCAAGAAGCAGGAGCAAAGAUGCCUGAGGGUCAGACUGAAUCCAUGGGGCAAACAAUGGACAUUGAUGACAGUUCAAGUGAUCUUAAGCCCCUCACAGCGGCUGGCAGAAAGUUUCAGUUUUCAGUGCACGAGUUGAGAAAGAGCCCUGUCAGCACUGUUGCAGUCUGUCUUGGGCUGCUGGGUGUGCUUCUGCUGGCUGGGACCAUAGGCCAGGCAGUCUCCUAUAACAAAACAGAGAGAGAUCAACAGGACCGCUACAAUGCCUUGGCUAAAGAGAAAAACAUCACAGAGGAGAAUCUGCAAACAGCACUUAAAGAGAAAAAGGAUCUACAUGUCUCUCAAGCCAAUUUAGAAACGAGUAACAAUUACUUGUUUCAAAGGAGACAACAGUUACAGACCAACGUCAAUAUUCUGACUAGAGAAACAAAUAAUCUCAAAACAAUUCAAAGCCAGUUACAGAAAAACAACAAUGAUUUGAUGAAAGAGAAAGACCAGCUAGCAAUGAGUCAAAGCCAACUGAGUAAUCUUACAGAUACCUUAUCUAAAAACCAGAGUAAAUUAAAAGGCACUUACGAUACAGCCGUUAAACAAAAUGCUGAGCUUAAGUCCUCUCACAAGUCAUUGCAGAAAGAUGUGAAUAACUUGCAGAACCAGUACAACAUCCAUGUCCAAAAAAGAGAGGAUUUGCAGAUCAAGUACAACACUUUGAUUCAGAAAGUCGAGCAGUUACAGUUAAAUCACAACUUCACCAACACCGAGAAGGACAAAUUACACAGCACUCACGGCAACCUGACAACAGAAAUAGAAAAUCUACAGGAAAGUUUUUUCAAACUUGUGAGAGAGAGAGACCAGCUUCAGGCCAGCUAUGAGUCUUUGGUUAGCGAUAAAAACAGCUUUCAAAACAGUUACAAGAAUGCAUCCACAGAGAGAGACAACCUGAAGGAGAAACGCGACACACUGAGCGCAGAGGUGGAGCAGUUACGGACCGAAGCUGACAGAAUGAGUAACCUGACUGAAGAUAAAUCCUGUCCUCCUGGAUGGAAGAAGUUUGAAUCUAGCUGCUACUUCACCUCUGCUGGCAAAGCAUCCUGGCAAAAGAGUAGACAGAAAUGUAGAGACAGAGCGGCAGACCUGGUGAUCAUAAACAGCAAAGAGGAAAUGACAUUCAUAAAUGGCUUGUAUGCAUCUGACAAAGAAGUCUGGAUUGGCCUGAGUGAUUCAGGAAUGGAGGGAGAGUGGAAAUGGGUUGACGGGACACCACUGACCACAGCGUUCUGGGGCAAAGGCCAGCCCAACAGCCAUAAUGGAAACCAGGACUGUGUGGAGGUCUGGCACCGUGCGACGGGGCAAGGGGACUGGAAUGACGAGAACUGUAACGACGAACAAGAGUGGAUCUGUGAGACCUAGGUUUCCUAGAAAAAAUCGCCUGUAGCUUUAUCCAGCUUUACAGACUCUGGUGCCAAACUAAUGAUCAUAACGUAUAGAAGAGUAUUGCAGUAUCUCUGCUGGGUAAUGUAUUCGAAAUAUACCGUAUUUGCCUGGUUCCAACGCUUUGAAAUGCUUUCAGCCACAUCAGCAUUUACAAAUCCAUUCAAAGCAUGUGUCUUGACCUCAGAGGAGGAAAGCAGAGCUCUCAUUCAGCCCCUGUAUUACCAGAUAGUGUAAACAUCAUUAGUAUGAGAUGAGUUACAGUAAAAAAAAAAAAAAAAAAAAAAAA